AUGUCAAAUCAACCAGGAAAAAUAUUUAGAAUUUUAGAUGAUAUUAAUUGGAGUGAAGUGAAAAGUACCGAAUUAAAAGCAUUAAUGAAUAGAAAUAUCUCAAGUGUUGAUAUCAAAUAUGGGUAUGAAUAUAUCUUUCCAUUAAUUCCAAUUAUUAUAGUCAAUAAAGAAGAUUAUAUUAAUUUUCAAAGACAUUUUAGUGAUAUUUGGAAAUUUAUUGAAAGAAAUGCCAUUAUUUAUCCAGAACAGAAAGAAGAAUGCAUAGAAGAAGAAAGACCAUUAUUCACACAAAAAGAAGUCAAAGGAGAAUAUAAAUAUUUAUUUGACACAAUCAUUCCAGUCAAUGAAUUAAAAGAAUGUAAUACAAUCAAUAUUAACGAAUGGAUUAAAAAGGAAUUAAAUGAAAAACAAGGAUAUAUCUAUGAUAUUCAGAAAUAUAUUCAAUUACCUACUGAAAAAGAAAUUAAUCUUCCAAAUCCAGAACGACAGAAGAGAAAGAUUUUAGAUGAUUAUGAGGAGUAUUUAAUGAGAAAAAAGAAAGAAAUCAUUGAAUCAGAAAUUCAAAGAGGUUCAACAAAACGAAAAAGAGUUGAUGAUGAUGAGUAUGAAGAUGAGAAUAAAUAUGAGAAAGAGAGAGACUAUGAAGAUGAGAGUUAUGAAGAUGAAAAAGAAUAUGAAGAUGAGGAUAUAUUAGAAAAUGAGAAUGAAAUUGAUUAUAGUAUUACUGAUUCAGAAAAUGAAUAUUCAAGAGAGGAUAAAGAAGAAGAAAGUGAUGAUGAGACAGAAGAAGUUGAGAAAGGAUUUAUUGAAUUAUAA